AAAGAAUUCAAUACGGCAGAGAAUUAAUAGUUUCUACAAAUAAUUAUAAUCAUCAUCCAUAGAAAGUAACAUAAUAACGAUUUUUUAUGCCAGAAAACAAACAUAUAAUAAGCAUUUUACAUUUCGCGGAUGUGAACCGGAUUACGAUAAUGUAAACAAAAAGCAGACGAGAAGUCAAGGUCUGCGCGGUAACUUUGGUUGAGAUGGUGAAACCAAAGUACAGACGCCAUGGGUUCGUCUCGAAAAAGCAGAAGGAGAGAUAUGAUAAAGUAUCUGCAGGGCAAUUGACUCGAUGGAUUAGGGGAGCUAUCCUUACAGACCACAAUUACUCCGCCAGUGCAACCCCUGUCAGCGUUGAUCACGAUCACGAAUUGCCAAAUUUGAAUAUACUGGAAAGAGAGGAGGUGGUGGAUGGGGAAGAAGUGACUACAUCUGAGGAUUGGAAGGAGGGGAGGAGAGUAGUAGAACUUGGAGUGUUAGCUGAGGGCUUGCGGGGAUGUUGUAAAUGUGGCUUACCAUUACAACUUUCACACACUAUUUCUGUGUUGACAUAUGGUUUAGCUUCUUUGUUAAAGGUCUGUUGCAGCAAUACAAAGUGUAAUCAUAUUAACCAUGUAAAAACGGGGAAAAAACAUGGAAGAGUGUGGGAUGUAAAUACAAAGCUAUCAGCAGCAAUUGUACAUGUUGGUAUUGGUGCAACGCAAGUCAACAGUCUCCUUUCUGAGCUGAAUAUACCACCUGUAAGCCAUGCCAUGCUGGACAAAAGACAGAAAGAGAUAGGCAGAGCUGUUGAAGAUAUUGCUGCAGAGUCUAUGUCUGAUGCUUUGCAGAAGGAACUGGAAAUGAUGAAUGAAGAGAUGAACGAAAAUGGACUAGUUGUUGCUGUAGAUGCUGGAUGGCAAAAACGGGGUAGCGGAAAGACAUAUGAUAGUUUAUCAGGUCAUUGUUCCAUGGUUGGUCCUCUCUCCGACAAAGUAUUGUCAUACUCUCUGAGGUCUAAGAAUUGCAGAGUAUGCAGUGUAGCUGAAUCAACCAACAAGAAUCCAGCAGCCCAUGAGUGCUCAAAGAAUUGGGAGGGUAGUUCAAAGGCCAUGGAGGCAGAUAUGGUUAUUGAGAUGGUCCAAGAUCUACAGAAAAGUAAAGGAAUAACCAUUGAUGGAAUCAUUGGAGAUGAGGACUCUACCACUAUUGCAAGACUGAAAGCUAAUGUCAAUGCUGAUAUUAAGAAGUUGUCUGAUAAAAAUCAUCUAAAGAAACUGUUUACAAACUCUUUGUUUACCUUGAAGAAAAAACAUUCAUCUCUAACUUUGUCUGUGAUAAAGUACAUUCAGAAAUGCUUCAGUUACUCCAUAGCACAGGGAAAAGGAAAUGCUUCUCAAAUCAAAGAAGACCUUUCAUCAAUUCCAUUACACAUAUUUGGAGAUCACCAACACUGCUCCUCAAGGUGGUGCAACUUCAUUAACAACCCUAACCUGAGGUACAAGUCACUUCCACAUGGAAAACCCCUGAAAGAUAGGUUCCUUCAGGAUGAUCUGAAAGAAGUCUUCAGUUCAUAUGCAAGUCAUUCUGAUCGUCUUUCAUGCUUAGGAAGCACACAGUCGAAUGAGAGUUUUCACAGAAUGGUGUCUGCAAAAGCCCCAAAGACCCAUCAUUACAGCUCUUCUUCAAGCCUCAGAUAUAGAGUUGCUGCAUGUGUAGCCCAGAAAAAUGUUGGACACAGAUAUCUUGUAAAGGUUAACAAGAAAUUGGGCCUCUCUCCUGGCUACUAUACUCGACGACAGUGCAUUCUGAGGGAUUUACAAAGAAAGCGACAGAAGGCCAUUUCAGUGACACAGAAAUUUAAAAGGAGAAGGAGAGAAUUGAAAGCCAGGAAAAUUCAAAGUAUUUCUACAAAAGAAACAAGGGAAGGCAUCAGUUAUUUAACAGGAUGUGAUCUCCAGCAGGCCUCUGACAUCGUUGAAAUUCCAGCUCCAAAAACAAUUCCAAAGUAUGAUCAUCUCCCUUCAAGUCAGCUGUUAAAUGCUGAAGAGAUCUAUUUUGAUUUGGAAACUACUGGACUCGCAAGGGAUUCUCAUAUUGUGCAGUUGUCUGCAGUUAGAAAUGAUGAGGUUUUCAACAAAUACAUCAUUCCAGAAAAACCAAUGUCCUCAAAAGCUACAGAAAUUACUGGAAUAAAAGUAGUCAACAAUAAAAUGUACCACAAUGAUGAGGAAGUUGAGACAGUCAGCAUUAAGGAUGCACUGAUCCAGUUUAUCGACUUCAUGAAGAAAUCGGAGUCAGAUGCUGUUCUAGUUGGACACAACUCCAAAGUGUUUGACCUUCCUGUGCUGUUCAACAUUUUGAGUAAAUUAAACAUUUUGGAGGCAUUCUCAUCUGCAGUCAUUGGUUUCAUUGAUACCUUACCUCUUUUCAAAAUUUCGCAUCCAAACCUUUCAUCAUACUCACAGUUACACCUCUUCGAAGAAAUUCUACAAGACAAAUACAGUGCGCAUGACUCAUUACAGGAUGUCUUAGCCUUGAAGAGAUUGUUGGACCAUACAGGACCUUCCCCUGAAGUCAAAUGCUGCAUCUUUCACUUCAAACUCUGCCUUUGCCAUAUUCCAUCACAAGAACACAACAAAAAGUCUAAUGAGCACACUAAAGCCUUUAUUGGACCAAAAGGUGGAGGACCGGUAGAGAAACCAUUAAGUGCAUUGUCACAAGCGGUUGAGGAGGGGGAUGGAGGACAUUCCAUCGAGUUCACUGCAAGGCCGAGUGGUGAGGAUUUUCAGCUCGACCCACAGCUCUCAACGUGCACGAGUCAGCCCAUUAUCCAAGAAGACGUGUCACUGCGUAUCUCGACCUUCCCGAUGCCGCCAAAUUCUCCAAGAGAAACUACAAAUACAUGUAACCUAGCCAGAGAGAAACUUCAACUCGAAGUUGAGAACCUCCGUCUGAGAAAUGCCCUUCUGAAGCAACAACUGAGAGACUUUAAUAAAAAGGACUUAUAA